AUGAUUUUUCAAAAGGGGGUGGUUUACAACGAUGGCUCGCGUGGUUUGAGAUGCAUGGAGCCCUACAGGCCCUGGCGAAACGGGUCCCUGGUGUAUGAGUAUAUGAGGAAGGUCAGUUUGGUUGGCCUAACUGGAAACAUUUCCUUCAACGAACAUGGCUACAGGCAGUAUUUCAAUCUCGACCUUCUAUCGCUUGAACUUAAUAGGCCCCUCAAAAAAAUAGGAUAUUGGACUGAGGCCAGUGGUGUUAUCAUUGAUAAACACAACGGAACAAGCCGUGUUGAUCAUGGAGCAAAUGCCUCUUACAUUGUCACAACAGUUAUGGAGUCGCCGUACCUUAUGCUGAAGAGGAAGUUGGUUGGCGAUGAAGGGAAGGCUAUAACAGGCAAUGACAGGUACGACGGAUUUUGCGCCGACCUGGCUAUCUUCCUGUCCCAGAUCGUCAACUUCACUUACGUCCUCCAGGAAGUUAAGGAUAAAAAGUACGGAGCCGAACUCCCAGAUGGAAGUUGGAAUGGGAUGAUCGGCGAACUUAUAAGAGAGGAAGCCGACCUGGCCAUCGCACCCCUCACGAUCUCAUCCGUUCGGGAACGUGUCGUCGACUUCAGCAAGCCCUUCAUGAAUCUAGGCAUCUCCAUCAUGAUCAAGAAACCGGAGAAACAAAAACCGGGCGUCUUCAGCUUCAUGGAUCCAAUCGAUAACGACAUCUGGACUUGCAUCUGCUUCUCCUACCUUGGCGUCAGUUUCACGUUGUACUUCGUCUGCAGGUUCAGUCCGUACGAAUUUUGUUCAAAGAGCAAACACAAGAGAGAUUUCACGCUUCGUAACAGUCUCUGGUUCGCCUUGGGAGCCUUCAUGCAGCAAGGAGUGGGUUUGUCGCCCAAGUCCAUAUCCGGUCGUUUGAUAGGGAGCAGCUGGUGGUUUUUCACGCUGAUCAUCAUUUCGUCUUAUACGGCCAACCUUGCAGCUUUCUUGACAGUCGAGCGAAUGCUGACCCCCAUCAACUCGGCGGAUGAACUGGCCAAACAGAAUGAAAUCCUCUACGGAACUUUAGACUCCGGGUCGAGCAAGGCGUUUUUUAUGAAUUCCAACAUAUCAACAUUCAAAACAAUGUGGGCUAAUAUGCUAGCACACGAAUCAAGCGUAUUUGUGAAGACCAUUGACGAAGGAGUUGCCAAGGUUCGAACAUCCAAAGGCAGAUACGCCUUCUUACUUGAGUCAACCAUGAACGACUACCACAAUCAGCGGAAACCAUGCAACACGAUGAAAGUGGGGGAGGACUUGGACUCCAAGGGCUACGGGGUAGCUACCCCUAUUGGUCACGUGCUCAAAGUGCCAAUAGGCCUUGCAGUUCUUCACCUGAAAGAGCAUGGAACCCUCCAGAAGCUUGCCAAAAAAUGGUGGUACGACAAGGGAGAAUGUCCCGCUGAUGCAGACAGCAAGGGUGGUGGAUCCUUCCAGAGUGCGCUAACACUUAGUAACGUUGCGGGGAUAUUUUACAUUUUAAUCAGCGGACUUGGGCUCUCGAUGGUCGUUUCUCUAUUAGAGUUUUUAACGAAAACAUUUCGAGAGGCUAGAAAACAGAAGGUAAUUUUGUUUAUCAUUUACCAAAAAUAA